CUUUUGCUGUGUUAGUCCUUUAUCUCGCCUUAACCUCGGCUAGUCGAUUAGCUUUGUUUAAAUCUUAUUUUAUUUGUAUCUUUACAAUUUUUUUUUACUCAGUUGUUCAUUUAUUAUUUUAAUUUUGUUUCUUAUUGUGAUAAAUAGAUUCUCAAUAUCAAUGGAUCCUAGAAGCUUACCUUGUGGUUACAACUUUUGUAUGGAUGCCAUUUUGGGAAAUGUGAAUAACUCACCUUACUCGUCGUUUAAUUCCUCACAUUCAUCGCCAUAUUAUCAACAAUUAGCACCAAAUGUUACCUUUUUCACCAAUCAUUAUCCAGUUUGUCAUCCGGCACAAGAAGCAAUCCAAACUUGUCCACAAAAAGUUUCUAAGAAAAAAUCUGGUACACGAGCUGUUUUUACAAGUGCUCAACGACAAAAUUUGGAAAGUGUGUUUCUCAGGCAACAGUAUAUCAACAAAAUUGAUCGAAAAAAAUUAGCUGAAGCUUUGAAUCUUGCCGAGCCUCAAGUAAAAGUUUGGUUCCAAAAUAGGCGAAGCAAAAUGAGACGAGAACACUCUAAAGCUAUGGGAGAAGUGCCAAGGGAACAGUUUAGAUUCAAUUCCUCAAAUUCAUUAUAUAAUAUGCAUGAUGACGAUGAUAGCCGAAGAAGUGCUUCAAGUUCCCUUGAGAUAGAUUUGAGUCAAUGUGUCGAUGAAUAUCUUAAUAAUGAAAAUAAUCUAAAUUAAGAGCCAUUUUUUAUCCAAAAAUUUACCCGCCAUUUGCUAAAUGAGGAAUAAGUGUUUCUUUCCCCCCUUUUUUAUAAUAUUUUCCACCUUUAAAAGGAUUCGUAAGUUGAACGUUGAGACUUAAUCAGAGAUAUUAAGUUUAAAGGCGCCAAGAAGGAGAGAUAAACAUCUCUACCCUUUAUAUUGGCGGGUAAAUUUUUGUAAAAACAAGCCACCAAUUUGUCUAGUUUUAAUUACCAUUUUAAAAAUGUUUAUUAUUGCCUAAAUUUUUACAUUGUUUCCACUAUCAUCUUCAUCUUACUUUCGUCUAAAUUAAUUAAUAAAA